AUGGCCGCCACGCGUGCCGCCGCCCGCGCGGGCCACGGCAGCGGGAUGCUUUGCGCGCGGCGGAUUUCCUUGGUAGGCAGCUGGAAGCUCAUGGCCGCCCCGUGUGCCGCCGCCCGCGCGGGCCACCGAGUGGCGAACGGCGACAGCGAGAUGCUUUGCGCGCGGCGGAUUUCCUUGGGAGGCAGCUGGAAGUUCAUGGCCGCCCCGUCUGCUGCCGCACGCGCGGGCCACCGAGUGGCGGACGGCGGCAGCGGGAUGCUUUGCAGUGGGCGGGAGCAUCGGCCCGUUUUUGCGUCUCCGAGCCUUUUUUGUUCCCAACCCUCCUUGGUUGGUUAUUCAUUUUGA